UGCUCCUCAUCGCUGACAGGCACUGGCUGGAUGACCAAGUGGUAAACUGUGGAAUUAGCGUUUGGGAAUGAAAAAACACUCAUUUUAAGAUCAUCGCGACUUAAUUUUACAGUCCAGAUUUUAAGGAGAAACAUACAAUAAAACACGAUCGGUCAAAAUUGGGAUUUUUUUUAUAUAAAGACAAUUGUGUGUAUGUGUGAGAGCCAGGUUCUCUCUGCUGCCCAGUGAUGUUGUCCCACUGCUUUCUCCUGCUACUUCUGAGUUUGUCCAGCCUGACUGGCCCCUCAUUGACUCUGCCCUUUGAGCAGAGAGGCUUCUGGGACUUCAAUAUCGAUGGCGAUGGGGGAGGUCUGAUGACAACGAUGAUGAGGGAUGAAGAGGAGGGCUCAGCUGUGGAGGAGAUGCCACCCCCUGAGGUAUCCAUCUGCCCCUUUGGAUGCCAUUGCCAGCUGCAUGUAGUGCAGUGCUCUGACCUGGGACUGGCAGAGGUGCCUGCAAACAUCCCGACCGACACCAAACUCCUGGACCUUCAGAACAACCGCAUCAGCGAGCUGAGGGAGAAUGACUUCAAAGGCCUCACAAACCUUUAUGCGCUGGUGCUGGUUAAUAAUCAGAUCUCUAAGGUUCACCCGCGGACAUUUGCGCCCCUGCGGCACCUGCAAAAACUCUAUUUCUCACGGAACCUUCUGACAACUGUCCCCAAAAACCUCCCUCCCUCCCUGGUGGAGCUUCGAAUCCAUGAUAACCACAUUAAGAAGGUGGCUGAGGGGACCUUUGAGAGCAUGGGUAGUUUAAACUGCAUAGAAAUGGGGGGGAAUCCCCUUCAGAACAGUGGUUUUGAGCCUGGGGCUUUUAAAGGACUGAAAGUCAGCUACCUCCGCAUUUCAGAAGCCAAACUUACUGGGGUGCCCAAAGAUCUGCCUGAAAGCAUUCAUGAACUCCACCUGGACCACAACCAGAUCCAGGCCAUAGAGCUGGAGGACCUGAGCCGUUACAAGCAGCUGUACAGAUUGGGUCUGGGCUACAAUAAAAUCCGGAUGAUAGAGAAUGGAAGUCUUUCAUACGUGCCAAAGCUGAGGGAGCUUCAUUUGGAAAACAACCUUCUCUCCAGAGUUCCUAAGGGCCUUCCUGAGAUGAAGUACUUGCAGGUGGUUUACCUCCAUUCUAACAACAUUAGCCGUGUGGGAAUAGAUGAUUUCUGUCCCCGAGGAUUUGGCAUGAAAAGGACCUUCUACAAUGGCAUCAGCCUUUUCGCCAACCCAGUCAAAUACUGGGAAGUGCAGCCUGCCACCUUCCGCUGUGUCACCGACCGAAUGGCCAUUCAGCUCGGCAACUACAAGAAAUAGAGGGGGAGGGGGGGUAAUAUUAAGAGAUUAUGAAAGGACUGUGCUGAGAAGAAGUAGAGAGGGGGAAUUGGAACAAUUGGAGUUGAAGAAUGGAAACAUAAAUAUGCACAUUUACAGUAAAUUCCAAAUUGUUCAAAUGUUUGAAUUGCUGAGAAAGUGGGGGAAAAAAGCAUAGACUAAGAAAAGAUAGAUGAAUACUGUGUCUUCCCACUCUCAUGAGGAGAAUCCAAGGAAAGAGGAUGUGAAGAGGAUGUAUUGUGGUUUUAUUCCAAAAUAAUUUCCUUAAUCAUCUUGAAAAGCUAAGAUUCAAAGACAAACUAUCAACCAUAUCAGUUUGAACAAUGAAAAUGCACAGUGGUUCUUUGGUGGGGUGAGGGGGGUGCGUGACACCAACAAAUUCCAAACAAUAUUUUAAUCCGUUGAUUUUAUUAAACAUUUCAAUCUUUAUAGUUUUUAGUCAUGUAAUUUCUUAUGGUUUAAUAUUUUAAAUAUUAUUAUAGUUAUAUUUUAUUGAUUUGGUGAAGAUUGGUUAGCUAAGGCAAUGAAAAAGAAAGCCUAAACAUAGAGUUUAAGGUGCUUUUUAUUAUAUGUACUAUUUUUGGGGGGGAGUCACUUUGAAAGUCGUUGUCUUGCUUAUUAGCUGCCUGGUUAUUGAUGGGGUGUUAGAGGUUAAUGAUUACACACACUGGCAUGUCUCUGAUAGCCUGGAGCAUCUUUUUUUUUUUUUUUUUUUGUCAAAAACCUAACAUCCCAGUCUGGCCCUAAUCUUCAUCCAGUGCCUUUCUUUUGAGGAUUGCAGCUGGUUUUGAUACUGGGAAUGCAAUAUCUGAUAUGUUGUCUCUGCAAAUGCAACAAAAUACUCCAUAUGCUUUCUUUGUUGGACUUUCCUGGUCUUCACUCAUACAAUGAGAACGAAUCCUCAUAAUGAAUACUCUGUACUCUGCUAAUCUGCCGCAUGUUGAGAAUAAAAACCUUUUAAACUUGA